AUGCGCACAUAUGGCUGGCUCAUCGUUGUUUCUGCGCUCAUUGCGACCUCGUAUGCCCGACCUCAACUUCCGCAUUUCGAACUACAACAAGCCAGCAGCGCGAAAGCCGACUCAGCGGAACGAUCAGUCAGAGGCACAUGCAAGCGUAUAGCUGCUCUAACAGAUCUCUCGAAAAUGGCCUCGAAUCAAACUCGACUCGACGCCUUACUGGCGAACAAGAAGCUCACUCAAGAGCAAGCCAGUAAGAUCCUGUCGGAGAAGGACGCGAUCAAUGCUGAGCUGCAGAAGCUGAGCUCGAACGCCACACUUACGGCCGAAUGCGGCGUCGUCGAUGCGCACCGAAAAGUUGUCAAAGACUGUGGGCAGCUCAACAAGCUGGAAAAGCUGGUGGAGCUCGCGAACAACAAGACUGCAUACGAUGAACAUCUAGCAGGGGAGAUCUUGAACCAGAAGCAGACGGAGCAGCUGAAGAAGAAAAUGGAGACUGCAGAGCUCAAGCUGCAAGACCUCCGCAGCAACAUCACCUUAAUCGAACUAUGCACGACAGAGAUCGGACUUCGCCAGAACGGAGCUGCUGGGCAGCAGGCUGGUGGUGAUAUCGGAGAAGCUGUAGACAACAGCGGUGCUAUCAGCUUGACAACAAGUGACGCUGCUGCAUCAGGCUUGAAUUCGUUAAAUGGACCAUGCAGUCUGGCGCUUGGAGUAGUUCUUGCCUUUGCACUUUUCUAG